AUGGCUUUUUCUAAAGAUUUUCUGGCUCUAUGUUUGUUGAUAGCGCUAUCAUUCUCCAGCAUUGACAUGAGCCUGGCAGCUCGCCAUCUUUUGGACACACCGGCAGCUCCACCUCCAUCAUUAACGCUGCCUACAAUUCCACCACUGCCGAAGGCCACAUUACCUCCAUUGCCCUCAGUGCCAACUUUGCCUCAGGCCACAUUACCGCCAUUGCCCUCGACUCCAUUGCCAACACUGCCGACGCAACCAACUAUUCCAAAGCCCACACUGCCACAUUUGCCAAGCACCCAAAUCCCAUCUUUGCCACAACCUACAUUGCCCACCAUCCCCGCAACCCCUAAGGUUACACUGCCGCCAUUGCCAUCUACUCCUCUGCCCACAAUCCCCACCAUCCCAACAACAAUACCAACCAUUCCAUUCCCCUCCCCACCCCCAUCUAAAUGA